AUGUCAGCACAAAGGCCCUUGAUGGAUUGUAUAAAGCCAUGCCCAACGGCAUCACCGUUGGCGCAUAUCCUUCUCACCACGGGGUUUGAUCACGAAUUCUCACUCAUACAUCCCCCAAGCCAUUACGCAGACUUCAUUGCACAAUCAAUCACCAUGGCAAUCUCCCACCAGAAGAGGAUCAACCGUAUCAGCAAGCCCUGUGCUGCCCGGAGAAAGCUAUGGACAGAGGCCCUGAAGGAAAAACUUGUACAAUAUGCCGCCAAACGCCAACGACUGUGUAUUCAUUUCGCUAACGGAUCCAAGUCCCGGCGCAACGAGGCUCUGCAGGAAGCACUUUACUGCACGAAGUCCACAGAGCAAGGCACCACAAUCAACCAAAUGCGAAAGGAUAUCGCCCAAGGCGUGUAUAUCGUGACCCAGUACCCACCAUACUUUGCCGACAAGGCUGCACCAAUUGAGGAGAUAUCUCCACUCGAUACAUGUUCAAUCCAGCCUCAAACCCUCACGUUCUGGUCGGACAUUACAUACUCCCAACAACGCCGCUAUUUCAAAAUGGUCGACGCCAUCAUCCGGCAUUUCGAGAAAGAGACCGGCCAAGUCGCCAGCGAGACCAUGGUGCUAUAUGCACACUAUCAGAUGGACACCCACAUUCGCCGGCAUAUCAUGCGUACUGAGAGUAUGCUGACCAUGUGCCGUGACAAGGAGGAUGUCAUCGAGCUACGCCAUUGGCAAUGGGAAACUGCCGCGUCCGACAAUGCCACACACACACAACCUUUCGACCCAGACUGGGGAGUGGGCUGGGUGAUGGAUCCGACAAACUCGCUCGACCAGCAAUACGAGGAAUGGAAGGCAGGUCAAAGUGAGCGGGAAAGGCGCCUUCAGGAUGUCAGAUGGCUCUGGGCUCGGAUCCAACAUGAGAGGCGGGAACAAAGGAAGCGGACUGCUGUGUUUUCCUUUCGGGGCGUGCCUUUCCGAACUAUCAGAUAUGAUCCGCCAUCUGAGGCGCCCCUGACGGAGGAGGAGAUAACGGAGAUUGCUCGCUCAAAUGGCCAUAUCAAGGCUUUGGAGGAACUUUGGGGGGAGGCAGAAUGUUGA